UGACCUUAAUUGGGCUAUGGGCUUUCAACCUUAGACCAGGCCCAGUCGGCCCAAUUAGCUGGUCAUCUCAAUUUCAUUGUUCUUCGAUUAGCAGAGAAUCAAAAAUCCCUUUUCCUUCUCUCUCAUCGUCGUCUUCUUCUCUUCAAGGCAUUUGUAUCUUCAUAACAAUGGCGUCGAGUUUGAUGAAAACCCUAAUUGAAUCAUCCAAAUUGGGAGUCAGAAAUCUCUGUCUUGUUCCUAAUCAAGUCAGUAACCACACUGCCAAGUGGAUGCAGGAUACUAGCAAGAAAUCUCCCAUGGAGUUGAUCAAUGAUGUUCCACCCAUCAAAGUUGAAGGCAGGAUUGUUGCUUGUGAAGGAGACAACAACCCGGCACUUGGGCACCCAAUUGAAUACAUAUGCCUCGAUCGGAAAGAGCCAGCCGUCUGCAAGUAUUGUGGUCUUCGCUACUUUCAGGAUCAUCACCACUAAGAAUGUGAAAGUGAGGUGUCACUUUUUCCAUAGCUAAUGAUGGCUGCAAAAUAUUGAUAUCCAUUCUUGUAUGUUUGGUGAAACUUUAUAAGGCAAAAGAAACCAAGCUGAAUGAUAAAUACUUCCUUUGGUCUUUUUUUCUUUUUUAGCAUAAUAAGGAAUUGUUCAAGCUUGCUUGUAUUAUUAUUCUUUCUAUACAUUUUCUAUUUGAUUAUCUAAUCUAAAAUUGCUUUCUUGUGAAA